CUUCAGAUAAUUUGGUCUGCUAAGUGGCCUGUUCACAGGUACUAUGCAACCAGUAGAACACCGUAACGCACGUUACAACAUAGAACAAAAAUGGCGUCACGGUCACUUGUGUUGGUUGGUGAGGACAAAAGACGUUAGCAGCGCAUUCUCUUCAAGAAGAUGAGUGAAAAAGGUCGAAAAUGUGUCGUCAUUUUGUUAGAUGAUUCUCAAAUGGAAGUAACAAUUCAGCCAGUGCUACUAGGCAGUGAACUACUAGAUAUGGCUGCGUCGCACUUCAAGCUGAAGGAAAGGGAAUAUUUCGGUCUCACAGUCGACAGUCCUCACGAUUCUGGGGAUUACGUGAACUGGUUGGAGAACAAAAGGCGAGUUUUAGAACAAGACGUACCUCCGGUUGGCGUCAUUCGUAUCCACUUCACAGUCAGAUAUUUUGUGGAGCGAGUGGAGUACUUCAAAGACCCUGUUACGGUUGAACUGUUUUUUGAUCAUGCAAGACAAGCCAUCUUCAGGGGCUCAUUGGUUUGUGAUAGUCAAGUAGUGUUUGAGCUGGCAGCAUUUGCAUUGCAAGCAGAGAGUGGAGAUUAUAAAAACGAGGAGGCAACACAAGAAAAGCUUCGGGAGAUGAGCUGGCUUCCUGGUCGGACGCUCAAAGAACACGUGUCAAUUUCUUAUUGUGAGAGUCAGGUCAUUGAUUAUUAUCAGAAGAUGAGUGGAAAAACACGCGGACAGGCACUUGUUGGCUAUUUAAAUGGAGUUAUGUCUUUGCCUACUUAUGGAAUUCACUACUACUCAGUGAAGGAUAAGAGGGAAGACAUGUCUGUGUGGUUGGGAUUCAGUGCCAAAGGAAUUGGAGUGUAUGAACCUAGUGACAAAGUGCAUCCACAAGAGUUUUACUCAUGGAAGCAUCUUGAUAACAUUCAUUGUCGAGAUAAAAAGUUUUCUAUUGAAAUAUAUGAUGCAUCAAGUCGAACAGCCUUACGUGGUGACUCAUCAUCACAUCGUGGUGGUGGUCCCAGUGGUUGUGCGACAAGGGCUUGGUAUUGUCAGACAACACGGAUGGCAACGUCGCUAUUUGAAAAUGCUAAGAACCAGCAUUUAUUUUAUUUGGAAAAACGAACUAUUCGACCUCACAGAAUAAAAGUUCAUAGUAUUUCUAGACUGUCAGAUCUAACAAGACAGUUGUCACACUAUUCUCGUGCCGGAAAGAUUCGCCAAGGAUUCACCCAUGUUGAUGGUUCAGUGAAACCCCUAGUGAAUGAAGAGGAGGUUGUUGCAGCUGCUCGUCGAGCAGACACAGAGAUGUACAAUCAAUUGAAGACACGACGAACACAACUCCAGCAGAGUUUAACCAAAUUAGAAGAUGAAUUGCAGGACCUUUGCCAUCGUGAAGCACGGAUUAUUGGGCGGUGGCCAGCUGAUAUAGAUUUUAGUCCUGAUCAUCCACUACCAUCACUACGAAGAAAGAUUGGUACAUCAUACAAGUUCCCUGAACACGUUUUUAAGUCUCCUGAAGCAGAAGCGAAUGCAGAGAUUAUGAAGCUCGACAGAGAAAUUGAAAUUCAGAUUGCCAUUACUAAUGCUGCUGAGCGACUAAGCAAGGAAAAGACGACAAGCCAACGUGUGAGACAAGAAAGAAAGUUAACAUACAAAAGAUCUAAAGAGAAAUUGCAAGCACUGGAAGACAGACGAGACAGACUUGUUAACUCUUCAUCUACGUUUUAUGUACCAGCAGUAGCUGUGAAUGGAUCUGUGCAGUCAAAAGAUCUUCCGGACAGUCCAGGAACUCUCAGUAAAACAUCGUCUUACUCAAGUUUAAUUUCUGCGCAAUCGAAAAGCACAGUGGCAUCACGUGAUGCACUCGAUAGUGUAACGGAAGACAUUGUAGCUAAUCUGAUAGCUGGUAAUCGGACACCAACUGCGAAUGGUGGGGUAGGGAUGGGGGGUGGAGGGGCUCGUCGUCACAACAGCUUAUCUCGUCUUCAAGCAAUGAGUUCAAGUACAUUGUCUGCACCACCAACAGUAACGGGGUCACCUAGCAGAACGAAGAAGCACACUGUGAUGUUGUCUGCUUCUGACCAUUCAACUCGAAAGAUACAUGCAAGUGCAAGUUUGGAAGAGUUAAGUGGAUCAAGGAGUAUGGAUGGAGCAGCGGGUGCCUCGCGACCAGAUUCACCACAGAAUUUAACUUUUAGUGAUACAGAGCUGCAGUGGGUUGAAGAUGAAGAGUUCUUUGGGCAAGGCACCUUAGUGUAGAGAUAAAGUAUAAAUUCUUCAGUUGGUUGAUAUAUACGUAUAUAUACUUUGCAUUGGGCACUAGCGUAGUAGAAGUGAGACUGUAUAUAAUGUAAUAACAUAUGCUAGUUCUCUACACGCCUGGUUUCGUGUACUAGUAAAUAUGGUUGAAACUUGUGUUGUAUAUUAAUAAGUGUGCUUGAGUGCUUGA